UUCCAUUGAACGUGGCAUUGUGUCGUCAUCGAAGAAUAGUCAUCUGACGCGGCUCGUCGGUCUGUUCUGAUGCUCUUUUCCCGAAUUUUCCUGAUUCAUAUUGCUUGUGCAUGUUGAAUUCAGGCCGGACAAAAUGUGAAUAUAUGAUAGGUUUUGGUGUGUUUAAGUAUGAUUGUUUUUGUUACAAAAAGCCCCGGCUAACGUAAACCUUAGCUGUCCAUUCCACUUGGAUACGUUGAUGUGGGCUAGCUUAGUGCCUCAGGAUGAACUGCUACCUGCUUUGUUGUACCGUCACACAGUUUAUUCAGUGGAAUCUCGUAUUUUACUCCACGUUGUUACCACCAAGGGCUUCGAAGUGAUAUAGCCAGUUCCUACAACAUAAAGUAAAGAGAUGGAGUGUCAGAGUUCAGACCUUACCUGUCCCAUAUGCUUGGAAUGCUUCAAAGUUCCUGUCACAACUACCUGUGGGCACACGUUCUGUCAGAAGUGCAUCACAGUUUAUUGGGACAAAACGUCUAACAAUAGACCUUGCUGCCCCACCUGCAAUCACAAGUUUGACAUCAGACCUAUUCUUAAGUGUAAUGUGGCCUUGUCAAGUAUCGCUGAAGCUGUAAACAGCACCAGGACAUCAUACGGCGAUGGUGGGAGCGAAGAUGCCGAAUCCGUGCCCUGUGAUCGCCAUAGAAAGCCACUUGUUUACUACUGCACACGGGACAAAAUUUCAGUGUGCUGCGAAUGCGCCAUCUCGCAGUGUGAGGGCCAUCACAUGGUUCUGUUGGAAGUAGAAAGCAAGAGACAAAAGCGGUUACUGGAAGAGAAGAAUGAAGAGAUGGCAAAACUCAUUGAAGAAACGGAGGAAAGUAUUAACAACCUGACUGAAAAUAUGGACAAAGCUAAGGAGACAUUUCAGCAGACAUCCAGUCGGGUAACAGCCAGGUUUUCCACUCUGCUAAAAGUCCUGGUUGACCGACAGGAGGCCAUCGAGCUCUUCAUUGAGAAGCAAAAAGAGGCGGCCAUCUCUGAGGCGCAGGCGAGGCUCUCUGAACUGGAGGAAAGCGCUCAGAAGCUGAGAGCGAGUCAGGCCCACAUAGUGAAUAUCCACAACCGCUCUGAUAUUGAACUUAUCAAGGAAUCAACGCUCAUAGAAGUUCCUUGCCUCAAGAAAACCUCCACAGACAUAACGCCCAUCCUGCAGGAUCGAAUAAGUGGCAUCAUGGAAGUCCUGACUCGAGUCUCCAAGCUGGUGAUUGAGGACCUUGAUAGAGCUGUCUGCACUGCUGUGGGUCACGACAAAGACGGUUCUCCUCAGGAGAAGAGGCCCAUUCUUGCGGUGGUUCCCAGUCCAGCUGCUGCAUGCCGUCCAGGUGGAAAGGAGGGCCUCAGUGCUCACAGAUGCUCUUUGACCUUUGACCCCCACACAGCCAAUGGCAACCUGCUUUUGUCCCAAGAGAACCGAAAGGCAGAGCACUUGACUUCCAGCACUUCCACUUCCACUGUCUUCGCGCACGAGUCCCGCUUUGAUCAUGCUUGGCAGGUGCUGUGCAUCCAAGGCUUCCGACAUGGCCAACACUACUGGGAGAUGGAGGUGUCCAAACCGUGGGCCUACCUGGGGGUCACCUACGUCACCAUCCCCAGGAAGGAGAAGGGCAAGAGGUGCAUGCUGGGUAUGAACGAUCUGUCCUGGAGCCUGCAGCUGGACGAGGAACAGCUCAGCGCAUGGCACAACGGCCGCAAGGAGACCCUGGCCGGACAGCCUAAGCACAGCCGCGUCGGCAUGCUGCUGGACUGCGAGGCGGGGACACUCACCUUCUACGGCGACGGACAUGUCAGGCUGCACGCCUUCCACUGUACUUUCACACAAGAGCUCUUCCCCGCCUGCUGGAUAGGCGAAGGCGUCAGCAUCACUCUGUGCUCCACAUGAGAUGCUGAAGUCGCCGCAACUUUUUUUGCCUUCUUCUUGAAUCUGCUUGUUUUCAAACAGAUUAUUCCAGUCAUGGUGGUGGAGGACGUGAAGUUGGGUCUAUCCAAACAAAAGGCAGACGACACUUUGAACUGAUCGUCUGUCGAUUAAAGGAAGUGAGUGUGAAUUGAUCCCGCUAACAAACGGCCAUGUUACAAAAGUAGUGUUAGGAUUCCUGCACUACUUGAGCCAGAAGUGUCAGGUGUACAUCUCUACUUGUAUUAUCUUUUACAAUACAGGCUCUUUCAAGACUUCGAUUUUCUUAAAAGCAUUUUGUAAAAUUUACCUUUAUUCUCUUAAAUGUGGAGAUGGAACCUUAAAGCAAACCAAGGGAAGGCGGUGUGUCACGUUUACUGAUCGUACCCUUUUUUUUAGACUUCAAUCUCCUGUUUGAGACAGAUGUCAAUCAACAUUCUUAGGUUGUUAUUGUAAUUGUCCUGUUCAGCUGUUGGUCAUGUUAAGCUUUUGGGAUUUUACAUACAACACUUGAAAAAAAUUGGCAGACCGGGGUGGUGGUUCCUCUCUUUAAGAAGGGGGACCGGAGGUAGGUUCCACCUGUCGUGGGAUCACACUCCUCAGCCUUACCGGUAAGGUUUAUUCAGGUGAACUGGAGAGGAGGCUACGCCGGAUAGUCGAACCUCGGAUUCAGGAGGAACAUUGUGGUUUUCGUCCUGGUCGUGGAACUGUGGACCAGCUCUAUACUCUCGGCAGGGUUCUUGAGGGUGCAUGGGAGUUUGCCCAACCAGUCUACAUGUGUUUUGUGGACUUGGAGAAGGCAUUCGACCGUGUCACUUGGGAAUUCCUGUGGAGAGUACUCAGAGAGUAUGGGGUAUCGGACUGUCUUAUUGUGGCGGUCCGCUCCCUGUAUGAUCAGUGUCAGAGCUUGGUCCGCAGUGCCGGCAGUAAGUCAAACACAUUUCCAGUGAGGGUUGGACUCCGCCAAGGCUGUCUUUUGUCACUGAUUCUGUUCAUAACUUUUAUUGACAUAAUUUCUAGGCGCAGUCAGGGCGUUGAGGGGUUCCUGUUUGGUGGCCGUGGGAUCAGGUCUCCUCUUUUUGCAGAUGAUGUGGUCCUGAUGGCUUCAUCUGGCCGGGAUCUUCAGCUCUCACUGGAUCGGUUCGCAGCCGAGUGUGAAGCGACCGGAAUGAGAAUCAGCACCUCCAAGUCCGAGUCCAUGGUUCUCGCCCGGAAAAGGGUGGAAUGCCAUCUCCGGGUUGGGGAGGAGACCCUGCCCCAAGUGGAGGAGUUCAAGUACGUAGGAGUCUUGUUCACGAGUGAGGGAAGAGUGGAUCCUGAGAUCGACAGGCGGAUCGGUGCGGCGUAUUCAGUAAUGCAGAAGUUGUACCGAUCCGUUGUGGUGAAGAAGGACCUGAGCCAGAAGGCAAAGGUCUCAAUUUACCAGUCGAUCUACGUUCCCAUCCUCACCUAUGGUCAUGAGCUUUGGGUCAUGACCGAAACAACAAGAUCACGGGUACAAGCGGCCGAAAUGAGUUUCCGCCGGGUGGCGGGGCUCUCCCUUAGAGAUAGGGUGAGAAGCUCUGUCAUCCGGGAGGAGCUCAAAGUAAAGCCGCUGCUCUUCCCCAUCGAGAGGAGCCAGAUGAGGUGGUUCGGGCAUCUGGUCAGGAUGCCACCCGAACGCCUCCCUAGGGAGGUGUUUAGGGCACGUCCAAUCGGUAGGAGGCCACGGGGAAGACCCAGGAAACGUUGGGAAGACUAUGUCUCCCGGCUGGCCUGGGAACGCCUCGGGAUCCCCCAGGAAGAGCUAGACGACGUCGCUGGGGAGAGGGAAGCCUGGCUUCCCUGCUUAGGCUGCUGCCCCCGCGACCCGACCUCGGAUAAGCGGAAGAAGAUGGAGGGAUACUUGAAAAAAAAAUUUAAGAUAUUGGGAUGAAUAAAUUUACAACACGUGUGUGAAUUUAUUAAUAUAUUUUCUGUCAGUUGUAACUUAUUGAUGACAUUCUAAACUCAGCCGCCACUUGCCUCUGAGAAACUUGUUUGAAAUGUGUCAAAGUUAACGCGGUAACUCACGCGAUUAAUCUGCAAAAAAAUUAUUGCAUUAAUCAUGUAUGAACAAAGAUUAAUCGUGCAAUUUAUUUUGACUGUACAUGCUCCUUUACAUUUAAUGUGGAUGGCUAUCUGAGAGUUGUUACAUCUGGAAAGUAUUCACAGCAAUUCACUAUUUCCACAUUUUGUUACAUUACAACCUUAUUCCAAAAUGGAAUAAAUGAUUUUUUGUCCUCAAAAUUGUACACACAAUAUGCAAUAAUGACAAUUUGAAAAAACGUUUUUAGAAUUUAUUUAGCAAAUGUAUUUAAAAUAAAAUUUAAAAAAAAUCACCAUUAAGCUCAAAAGUGAACACCGGUGCAUUUUGUUUCAACUGAUCCUCCCCACAGCUUAAUUGGAGUCCAUCCAUCCAUCCAUCCAUCCAUCCAUUUUCUACCACUUAUUCCCUUUGGGGUCGCUGGUGCCUAUCUCAGCAACAAUCGGGUGGAAGGCGAGGUACACCCUGGACAAGUUGCGACCUUAUCGCAGGGCCAACACAGAUAGACAAAAUUCACACUCACAUUCACACACUAGGGCCAAUUUAGUGUUGCCAAUCAACCUAUCGCCAGUCCACUUGUGGUAAAUUCAGUAGUUGGACAUAAUUUUUAAAGGCACAGAAAAAGUGAAACGCCGUGAAUACUUUCCAGAUGCACAGUAUGAGGUGACUCAAGACAGGUGUGCUUUUUGGCAAAUUUCACUUCAAAAUAAAGCCAGACUGUUCUUUAAAUAACACCACUACCAAAGGUUGAACAAACAAAUGACAUACAUUCAUGUAAAACAUUCUAAAAAUGUUCCUGUAUGACAUUAGGACAAUAAAAUUGCAUUUUUGUCGAAA